GAUAGACUCAUUUGUCUGCAAGUUCACCUUUAAUCCCUCUUCAAUCCAGCUGUGAAGGGCUGGUCAAGACAAAAGGAACAGCCUAUCGAAUCUUCAUAGUCUGGUCGAUCUUUCGUAGCUCUUGGUCCUGUUUCCGAUCCUUGGCGUAUCCCUGAGGCGGCAGCCAGAGUCCCAUGGCCGUGUCUGACAAAUCCGCAAAAACGAGCAACGAGGUCGCACCUACUGUGACAGGAAACAGUAUGCCGCAGCUUAGCGUGCUGAGGACACCAGAUAUGUCAGAGACAAUGCGGCUCUCGCACCUCACAUACCACCAAACCCCUGGUUCAACGAAUGAGUACACCGAGAGGGGGCGUGCAUCAUCAGAUGGUGCUAGUCCAACAAGGCCCGUAAAUGGCUUGCUACCUCCCUUUUCCACUCAACAUGUACAUCUUCCUACGCCGCUGAGCCCUAGUAAUCUUGGUGCAUAUGGACAAUCGAACAUUACUCCCAGAGGUCAAAUCUUGCUGGAGGACGUCGUGCCAACAGACUUUAGAUCCAUCUCAUAUCCUGCUGCUUUAUCUCCAACAUUUAGGCCCCAUAAAAUGAUCACACCAGAUUCCAGCCCACUCGUGGUUCGUUCUCGUGCAAACGGACCUCACGGAAAGAACGACGAGAGAAGUCAUUCGCCCCCUCGGAUUAUCAGAAGAACGCCGCCCACAAAUUCACCAAACGGACCUGUCGGGGGCACAGCAGAACAUUCUCCCCGUCCUCACAUCUAUGUCGCGCAAGAUAAUACAUACAGUGUGACCACGCAACAAUCAAUGGAGGUCAAGAAUGCCACUUCGAAUAGAAAGCGUCCGGCAUCUCAGGCUUCAUCUACCGACUUCCUGCCUCCGUCUAACAGCACUUCUUUACCACCUUCCGCAUCACAGGAACUUAGCGAAGAGGUCGGAGGGGAGAUGGCUCGGAUCCGUGCACAGCUGUUAGAGAAUCAGAUUAGCCUCACACGAGAAGCGGAGGCACGGAGGCCUGAUUACCUCAAGCGUGCAAAGCGUAUAGAGUCACCACCCCCUCUUGAUGUAGACGGUAUAGAAGGACAGCGUGCAGCCGCAACGAUCGGAGUAACGGAGAGUCCUAUCAAAGGCCGGCGGUUGAUGUUAUUCCAGCAAACUUCUGACGAAAGCUUUGAAGAAAGUUUGAUGGCAGGAGGGUAUGAUCGCUAUCGCACGGACCUACAGCGACCUGCGGAUCCUGGGGCUCUGGAUCCUUCUGGAGAACCUGAAGCAUUUCCUUUGGUCAGCGAGCAGGAGCUCCGCCAACAGAACAGAUUGUCCGCAUUCCGGAGUUCUUCCCAUGUUUCCUCCUCACGGUCAAAACUAGCUCCAGUUGAGGUAGAAGGAUAUGGCAGAGUAUUGAUGGAUAUUGGACCCUCUGAUCCACCCAGUCCAAAUAAACUUAGUCCAUCGAAGAAGAAGCGUUACCGGAAAAAGAAGAAGACGCCUUCCAUGGAUGAAUCGAGAGACCAAAGGACCUUCCAUUUGCAAUUGGAAGCAAAUGCUGAUGUUCCAAACUGGCCGGACGCCCAAUUUCCGUGGCGCUUGCGUUCGGAGCAGUGCGACGAUUUUUCCAAAAUGGAGGAGGAACAACGCUUGCGGUACAUUGAAAAUUUUCUUAGCCGGGAUUCGGAUGAUGAAGACGAUGAAGAGAGUUUGUUUCAGAAUCAAACAGUGCGUUCCGGGUUCGGUAGCGGUAGAGGCAAAACGUACCCUCUUCUCGCUCGUUCGCAGAAUCGAGAUCGUGGUCCAACAACGGUAUCCGUUGUUCCGAGCGAUCCAGCUGAUGCCAGAACUGCAUUGCUAUCGAAGCGAUCAAUUAGACAGUUCUCGUUCCGACGAGCGCAGCGUAAACCCACCGACGAUGACAUUGAUGAUGAAAUUGUUUGUAUUUGUCGAGGCAGCGAUGAUGGCCGAGAGUUGGUUCAAUGUGACGAAUGUCAUACUUGGUACCAUCUACAAUGCAUUGGCAUUCGAAGUGUCGCAGACUUGGGUAGGGAGGAAGAUCCCUGGUUUUGUGGUAGUUGUGCCAAAACACCUCCUCCAGAUAUCUUGCCGACAUUCGAGCCAACGUUCGUGCCAACUGAAGAGAAGCUAAGGCAUGACAAAAGCUACGACCCACCCUUCUUUCACGCGGGCCUUAACCCCUCGCCAGCAGUCCCAUGGAACAGCUCUCCACGCCCACCCAUGACCCCACCUGGCCGAAGGGCGGGCCCUUAUUUUUCCUCUGGUUCUUCCUGGGAUGAAGCAUCUUCCCAGCCUGGUCCACAGACACCACAACUCUCCUCUCAAAGUGUUCGUGUGUACACAACGACACCUGGUUGUGCUGAGCCAUUUAUGGCUGACGAAUCUCCAUUUGAUCCAACAUCGACACCUUCACGCGGCAUCAGGUUUGGCGCUCCCUUUGCAACACCAAAAAAUAAUUUUUGGCAGGGACGCGGUCCUGAGUUGUUCCACACGCCCACUAGGCCUAGCGAGGGCAUGUCAAACCGUCGGUUUGGACACCAUUUGUUGGGAGGUGCAGAUGAUUCGCAACUUCCAAUUACCCAUCUCUCCUCUGGCCCUGACAUCACACCAAUUGGUCGUAAUUUCGCCCCUGUCGGGCGUCUCGCAGAAUCUCCACUGGCUGCGAAGAAUUCGCGACGCGGGCCAGGCGGCGGACGGUUUCUGGACGAGCAUUUUGACAGCGCGAGAGGAGGACGCCAUGGUUAAUCAUUCGCUUGUGCUUUCGUGAGAUUGUAUGUACUGCUUUUAACUCUAGUUGCUUUUGAGUUUUAUCCUACUUGCCACACCCACUGUGAUUAUUGGAAACAUACAUUCCUUUAUGUUACUGUAUGAACGAUUGUCGUUGCUUAUAUGAGGCUUUUGCGCAUCUCCCAAGGUGCAGUGAUUAAGACAAUAAA